GGAAAUCUUCACUUCACAUAACUAUCUAUCUUGUCUCAAGAACACAGAAAAGAAAUAAGCAAAUACAGCAAUCCACACUAUGUCUUGCCCUGAUUGUUUCUCUGGCCACAUCCACGAGGGCACUCCCAAGGGUAGCGUCACCACCUUGCAUGGGCUGAAUGUCUAUGUCGCGGAGCCCUCAGGAGACCCAGCACACGAGAUCAAAGGCAUCGUGGUUAUCAUCCCGGAUGCCUUUGGAUGGGACUUUGUCAACAAUCGUCUUCUGGCUGAUAACUAUGCCGAGAAGGGGAAGUAUAAGGUUUACUUACCUGAUUUCAUGAAUGGCACCGCUGCUCCCGUCUGGGCACUAGACAGCAUCAAAGCUAUCAUGAAAACCGGCUCUCUCUAUGACUGGAUCAUCAAACCCUAUCACAUCGCUUGGGCUAUGUAUGGCAUGAUACCUUUCAUAAUUCACAACCGGCCCGGCAAAUCUUACCCCCUCGUCAAGUCUUUCUUUGAGGCCCUUCGUCGGAAUGAAGGCGCCCGGCUUCCCAUCGGAGCUGCUGGCUUCUGCUGGGGCGGGAAACAUACCGUCCUUCUAGCCCGUGGCGCGGAAAUCAACGGGGAAUCAUUGAUCAAUGCUGGGUUUACCGGUCAUCCUAGUUUCCUGGAUAUCCCUGGGGAUAUCGAGAAGCUUAAGCUACCCGUUAGCUUUGCGCUGGGUGAGCUAGACAGUAACAUUCGAAUGCCUCAGAUCCAGCAGAUCCAGCAGAUCAUGGAGAGUAAGGAGGGAGAGGUCAAGGUUUAUGUUGGGGCCGGCCAUGGAUUCUGUGUCAGGGCUGACAUGGCGGCGGAUAAUGUGGAAAGACAGGCGGUUGAAUCUGAAGACCAAGCGGUGGAUUUCUUCAAUCGUUACCUUACUCGUGUUUCAUUUGACUAAGGUGCUGGUGUCUGUCUCAUUUACUUUAAUGUUUUUUGUUUUUUGUUUUUUUUCUGUUUUGCUCUUUCUUGACUAUUCCGGAUGAUACUCUUUCACGUCUCCUCGGUUGGAUGCUCAAUAAGAGCCCUUAAUUUCCCCCCAUGCUUUCUCGAUAGGGCUCUGUAUGGUCCCUCUUCGACAAUACGCCCCUGGUCCAGAACAAUGACCUUAUCUGCGAGCUC